AUGAACAACGAAAUCAAUAUCAGAUAACUGCUUUACUACAAAAAAAUUAUUCCUCAUACUCAAUCCCAACGCAGUAUUACCCUCAUGUCCCAAUAGUUUAGUCAAGGUCGACUCUCUGUCCAUUCGUAAGAAGAUUUAAGAUUAUCCACUAAUGUGACCAAUUCCAGCAUCCUCCCUCAAAUCAAUCUCCGGUACAGUAGUGUCCAUUCUCAAGAGUCUAUCAAAUCUCAUCAUACUGCAUCUACUCCCUUUACUUAGAUACAAUGUUUUAUCAAUAAAAGCCAAAAAACUAUUUCUGAACUCAAGCACCAGACCCAAUAAAUAAAGCAAGAAAUUUCAAUUAUUUUGGAAUAGCAUGAAUAGCAAAUUCAAGAGCUCCAAUCCUAAUUAAUCUAAGGAAUUCAAAUCAAGUAUAAAUAAUUAAAGGAUGACAAUAUCAACACAAUUAUGGAGUCUUAUCGUCUGAAGAAGGAAGUUGUGCGCCUAAUUAAAUCUAAAUCAUAGAUGCUAGAAGAUGUAGAUGUACUCAACAAAAGAAUUACAGAACUUGAGUCAAUAUUAUAAUCCUUCAAACUUGAUUUAAAAUGA